AAUACCAAACCAUUCACUCUGCACUUUUUCUUUGUCUCGUUUUUUCUCUUUCUUUUUUUCUUCGUCACCUUCUCUCAAAUUCGCAAGCUCUCUCCGGCUGGCACCACCAUUUUCACUUCACACCCUUCUCGCUCUCCGCAGUUUGCUUUGCUACUCUGCAAACAUGAGUUGUGCAAGAUCGAAUAAGAGACCCCUUCGAACUGAAGAUUCAAAAGCUGAUUCAAAGAUUUUGCUCGCGAAACCUGAGAAACAUCAUAAGAAAAUGAAGGAAAACGAUGGAAUCGAUACUCAAAAGAUGCGUGGCAUGGUGGAGGGACGUGGUGAAAGAUCCGAUUGCAGCAAGCGAAAUUGUAUCAUGAAGGAGAAAAUUUCUGAACUUUUGGCGAUAACAGGUGGAAAAGCUCAAGAAAAAAUUGAGAAAACUCAUACCAGUGAUGCUCCACUAAGGAAACCAUUAAGGUUUGGAAAGGCUUCAUCAACAAUGGCAAGGCCUAAAGGUGGGCGGGUUCUUGAUAUGGCUUGGGAAUGGAAUUCUUUGAGAGAUGUAAACAACAAGAGUGUUGUGACAUGUGACUUUUGUCUGAAAACAACAACAGGGGGAAUAACAAGGGCGAAAGAACAUCAAAUGGGGCUGAAGGGUGAUAUUAAUUCUUGUAAGAAAAUUCCACCCGAAAUCAGGCUCAAACUUAGGGGAGCUUAUGAAAACCAAAAAACCAGUAAAAGAGAUGCUUGUGCUAAGAAGGUAAGGGUUAGCAUUGCCAAGUUCUUCUGUGAAAAUGGAAUUUCAUUUAAGGCUGCACGCUCUAAAAGCUUCAAGAAAAUGAUUGAAGCUAUUGGAGAUUAUGGAAAAGAGUUGAGUGCUCCAGAAUACCCUGAGUUGAAGGUUCGUUUACUGAAAAAGGAAUUAGAGGAAACUGAGAAUAAAUGUUCUGUGAAGAAGUCUGAUGCAUCUGGAGUCAACACACCACACACAGUACCCACUGUCACUGCUCCUAUUGAAGAGAAGAAGGAGGAAAAACAUGAAGAGAAGUUAGUGAAUGAAAUGACCAAGCCUAAGGUGACUAAGGUGUAUGUAAGGAGGAAAAACAUGGUGAAAACGUUGGAUGAUACAACCAACCAAGUUCAGGUGAGAGAGAUUGGUAAUAAAGUUGCAAGCUAGUGAUAAUGGUGGUGGAGGAAAUCAUUGGCCAGGUUGGCUAGAAUAUGAAACUGGGAUCGUAGGAGAUACCAUGAAUGAUAACAAGUUUGUGUUUUGUCUUGUUGUUUUCUUUUUGUUUCUAGGUCGUGUAUCCUUGUUUAGGUCCAUUUGUGCGUAAAUUAAUGUUGUUUAGUGUCUUUUGUCAUUCAACUUCGAAGUUUAAAGCUUUCUUUAAUGUGUAAUGUGUAAGAAUUUAGUUUAGACGUGGCAUAUGGAAAGUUUAAUCUGUCAUCAAUGUCAA